AUGGACGAGGAGUACGACGUCGUUGUUCUCGGCACUGGCCUCACCGAGUGCAUUCUCUCGGGCCUCCUGUCCGUCGAUGGCCAGAAGGUCCUCCACAUGGACCGCAACGACUACUACGGUGGUGCCAGUGCGUCCUUGAGCCUGUCCCAGCUCUACCAGAAGUACCGUGGCUCCCCGGCUCCCGAGAGCCUCAACCUGGGCCGCGACCGCGACUAUGCCGUCGACCUCAUCCCCAAGUUUAUCCUCGCUUCGGGAGAGCUCACCAAGAUCCUCGUCCACACCGAGGUCACCCGCUACCUCGACUUUAAGCAGAUUGCCGGCUCGUAUGUCUACCGUGACGGCAAGAUCUCCAAGGUCCCCUCCAACGAGUCGGAGGCUAUCCGCAGCCCCCUCAUGGGUCUCUUUGAGAAGCGUCGUGCCCGCAACUUCUUCCUCUACGUCCAGAACUGGCGUGAGGACGACCCCACGACCCACCAGAACUUUGACGUGACCACCAGCUCGAUGCGUGAGCUCUACAAGAAGUUUGGUCUCGAGCCCGGAACCCAGGACUUUAUUGGCCACGCCAUGGCCCUCUGGCAGGACGACUCGUACAUUGACAAGCCCGCCCUCCCGACCAUCAAGCGUAUCAGCCUCUAUGCGCAGUCGAUGGCUCGUUACGGCAAGUCGCCUUACAUCUACCCCCUCUACGGUCUUGGCGAGCUGCCCCAGGCCUUUGCCCGUCUCUCUGCCAUCUACGGCGGUACCUACAUGCUCGACAAGAAGAUCGAGUCGGUCAACAUUGACGCCGACGGCAAGUUCACCGGUGUCACCUCGGACGGCGAGACUGUCAAGGCCAAGAAGGUCAUUGGUGACCCCAGCUACUUUGGCGCCGGCGAGGAGCCCACCGAGGGCGGCAAGCUGCGCGUCAUUGAGACUGGCAAGGUUGUCCGUGCCAUCUGCAUCAUGAAGCACGCUAUCCCCGGCACCGACGAUGCCGACUCGUGCCAGAUCAUUAUCCCUCAGGGCCAGGUCGGCAGGAAGAACGACAUUUACGUGUCGUGUGUCAGCGCAGCGCACAAUGUCUCGGGAGCCGGCACCUGGCUCGCAGAGGUCUCGACCAUUGUCGAGACUUCAGUGCCCGAGCGUGAGAUCCUCCCUGGUCUCCAGCUCCUCGGCAACGUUGUCGACAAGUUUGUCUCCAUCGAGCCCCUGUACGAGCCCACCGAGGACGGCACCACCUCCAACAUCUUCAUCUCAAAGUCGUUUGACGCCUCGUCCCACUUCGAGUCGGUUGUUGACGACGUCAACGACCUCUGGCUGCGUAUCAAGGGCGAGCCCCUUGUCCUCCAGAAGCGCGAGACCGAGCUCGAGUCGGCUUAG